AUGAGCGCGUCUGCAACCAAUUCCAUGGACUUCAACGGAAAAACCCUCCACGACUACGACGUGCUGGCUGUGAUGCGCAACGGCUUGUUCGGGGCCUUGUUCAAGGUGCGGGACAAGAGCUCCGGCGAGCUGUUCGUCUUGAAGGGCAUCCGCUACUACAAGUUGGACAAAGUCAAGUGCGAGGCGCUGUUCUCGGAGAUAACCAUUCUCCGGGAACUGCAGCACCCUAACAUUGUGCAAUACUUCCACCAUUUCGACAAUCGGGUGGUGCAGGUAUUGCAUAUUGUUAUGGAGUGCUGUGCCGGCGGUGAUCUCGCCCAGCUUGUCGACGGGCGCGAGCAGAGCGACGCCGGUGCGAGGAGCCCUACAUUUGGCGGGUGCUCGUCCAAGGAUGUUAAGCCAGCUAACAUCUUCCUGGACGCUGCCGGCAAAGCCAAGCUGGGUGAUUUCGGCCUGGCCCAGAUGCUGAGGCGGGACCAGAGCUUCGACGCUGCGUUCGUGGGCACUCCGUUGUACAUGAGUCCGGAGCUAGUCCGCGGCAGGAGGUCCGACUGGAAGAGCAACGUGUGGGCCCUGGGCUGCGUGGUGUACGUGAUGUACCCUGCUGAAGUUCUUUCUGAAAGGGUAUACAAACGUCGGCGUACCGAAGUAUGCAUGCCUUUCCUAGAUUUUGAAGACUAA